CCAAACGCAACAUAGGAGCGGGGAGCAUGCGCAGUCGGCAUUAGUCGGCUGAUGCGGAAUUGUCCGUCCAUCUGGAACUAGCUUAGAACCGAACCGGAACUUUAAUCUCGAAACUAUCUGACUUUAAUAGAUCUGAGAGGAGAAACUGGAAGAUGAGCGGCUGAUGGUGGGAAGAGGAGAAGAAGCGGAGCUAGCAGGAGGUGAAAACGUCUCUGGUCAACAUGGAGACCGAUGGAGAUCCAGGAGAGGUCAAGACUCAGCAGUGCAGCACCUGUGACGGCUCCUCGGCCUCAUGUUGGUGUGUGGACUGUGGCGAAGCUCUGUGUGACGACUGCUUGGCGGCUCAUCGCAGAGUGACCCUGACCAGAUCCCACCGGGUCCUGAACCAGCAGCCUGAAGGACCCAGUUUAGUUUUUCCCACCAAGUUCUGCAGAACCCACCCGUCUGAGGAGCUCAAACUGUUCUGUUUCACCUGCUGCCAGCUCACCUGCAGAGACUGUCAGCUGGCAAACCACAAGAACCACAGGUUUGACUUUGUCAGCAAAGCUGUGGAGAGCGUGAAGAAGCAGCUGGACGCCUCCAUGCAACCUUUCAAAGCACAGAUAGAAGCAUCAAAAAGGAGUCUGCAGGAUAUGGAGAUGAGGCUGCAGGUUCUGGCUCAGUGUGAGUCCUUCAUGACCAGCAAGCUGCAGAAACACAUCAACACUCUGACUGCGCUCCUCAACAGUAGGUUUGAAGAAAUGAUCAAACAGAUUCAGAAGGUUUACAGCGUGGAGCGAACUCUGAUCACUAAGAAGAUGGAGAAAGUGAAGCUGCUCCAGAAGAGUCACGUACCUCUCACUGAAGCUGCAGAAGAGGCCAGAAACACCACCAACCUGCCUACUCUGGUGGGCUGCAUAUCUCAGAUUACCUCCCAGUUGAAGGACCUUGCAGGCGAGGACUCGUGUCCACCUUCAAAGAUGGUGGAUGUGAAGGUCAUCACUGACAGAAGCUCAGUGGAAGGCAUUCUGAACUUUGGUAAACUUCACGUCUCCUGGGUCCCGUUCUCCGUGCCCCAAGCAGAAACUCCAGCCAGCUCUUCCUCUUCCCUCAUCACCACUCCUCCCACCUCCACCUAUCAGACCCUCACCUGCAAACCAGUUACAACUAACAGUGUUCCUGUUUGCAUUUCUGCUCCAACCUCCACGUCACCUACAUUGUGCUCCACAGACACCUCCAUCACAUCACCCAACUUCUCCUCCAAUCUGACAGCUUCGUCUUGUAGGACCAUUUGUCAAACUGGGACCAGUACUGGUGUUGCUUCACGUGUUCCAGGUGUCAGUCUACCAGCUUCCAAAGAUCAUUGCCCUCCUCCACCCUCCUCGUCUACAGUUUCCUCCAUCUUCUCUAAUCCCUCUACAGGUAAACCCAAGGUGAACGUGUUGAAAAUCGUCGAGUCAGUUCUGCAGUCGAGAUCCUCUGCUUCUCCUUCCCGUCAGUCCUGUCUUCCUCCCACCUCCGUUUCCAAGUCUUCCUCAGUUUGUAAAACCAUUUAUGCUGCAGCCUCCACCAGCAAGCCCUCCCAGCUGCACCCGAGCUGUGGUUCCUGGGGAUCUUCAUCCAACAAUCGCUGGGUGGUUCCCUCUGCAUCCACCGCAGUCCCCCCACCUGCCUCCAGCUACACCGCUCCAUCAGCCACAGUUGUCAGGUUCAGAACCGUCUCGGCUGUUGAAGCCAGGAAUCCGUUCCUCUCUAGUCUCCUUCAUCAGGCAUUACCAUAUUCAUCUGCUCAGGCAGGUCCUCCUUCCUCUGUAGGUCCAGCUUAUGCUCAUCACCAGGCCACACCCGUCAUGUGUCCUUCUACGCUGGGUCAGAGCUCGUCCAGGCCCUCUGGAAGUCCUCUGUCUUCCUCCUCUUCAACCACCUCCACCAAAGGCUCUGGUGUCAGAAUCAAUGUUCUCACCAAGUCUCAGCUGGAGUCCAAGUCAGGGAAGCUGUUUGUCAAGUUUCAGUGGAAGAAUAAGAAGGCCAGCAGUUCUUCAACAUCCAGCAGCUCCUGUAGAGCUCUUGCUCCUAAAAUCAGAACGUCAGCUCCUCUGAUGCAGCAACCUGCCAGCGCCCAGAACCAGUCUGUAGGUGAGGGUUCGUCCGAACCACACCUCCAGAACCAGCCUGGAGCUGUGGUUCAGACGAGCCCUCAGACUGUUGUCCAGUCUUCAUCCUCCAUCCCUUCGUUCCCAUCUCUAAGCUGCUCUCCAGCUUCCACCUAUUACAUCUUCCCCCAGGUGGUUUCCCCCACAGCUCCGACAGUCAGUGUUCAGCCCGUCAACCCAGUCCUUCCCCUGGUACCGGCUCCGUCGCUGCUUAAUGGCACCCUCAAUCCAGUCCAGCCAUCGCUGAUUGUGAACCAAAGAGCUGUUCCCAGUCAGAACCAGUCUGCUGUACUGCUGCUGACCAACACCAACCCCGUGUACUCGGUGUUUGACUCAGGUCGCAGCCUCCCCUCAGACUGGACCCAGCUUCCAGUGCUGCAGAACCAUGCGCUUCUAGUUCAGGACAGCUGUGAAAGUUCACAGGUUCCUCAAGGAACUCCGGGGAAUGUCUCUUCUGUUGGACGGAGUCCCUCAGCUCCAGGAAUCCAAAUCUGUAUGGAAUCCAGGAAUCAGCUGCUUUCGGACCAACAUCUCACCUCCAGUGUUGGACCUCUUCCCUCCACCCUUGAAGACCAGCAACAGAAUCCAGAUUUAAAGGGGAUGAUUGGCUCCAACCACAAAGUCCAACACAAGGAGGGACAGCAGGAACCAGAAGCAUACAAACCGACCAACGAUGGGUCUGAUCGGACCACCGAUGGAAACAGAGAGGAGGAGAAACUUUUUUCUCCUGAGACACCAGGGAACAGACAGGUAGCAGGUUCAUCAGAAGGAACUGCCCCCGUAGGAGAUCAGUCUUCAUCUGAAACACACGAUGCAGAACCAACUCUGACCAAGCCCAAUGAAAUCCAAUCUUCUUUUAAUUCACCUGGAACAUCAAACCAGGAGCUCCUCAUAAGGUUGUCUGAGAAAAUUGAACCUGCAGAAGAACAGUCUUCACCGAAGGUAUGUGAGGUGGAUCCAACCAGGAGCAAAUCCACAGAAACCCAAACCUCUGAAAAACUAUUAUUAUCUAGAACUCCAGAAGAUCUCACCGUCGUCUUGUCUGAGGAACACGAGUCGCUACCUGAAGUCUACGACGUCAAAUCGAGCUUUGAAGACAUCCGGUCGUUUGUUAAACCGUUUUCACCUGGAACUUCAGAUGAUGACGUUGUUGAAAAUGAACCUGCUGAAGAGGAGUCAUCACAUAAAGUUUAUAAGGUCAAACCGAGCACGUUCACAUCUAAAGAAAUGGACGUUUUUGGUCAACCAGCUUCACCGGUAACGUCUGAGGACAAGAUGUCCCUCGGCUUGUCUGAAGAACCUGAACUUGGACUGAAUCUGUCUUCUUCUGAAACAUCAGACAGAGAAGACGAAGAGCCACCGAGGACUAAGACUAAACAGCAGGACUACAGUCAGCUCUACUGGCAGCCCACAGUGUCUCUGCUAAGACUUCCUCUGCCCCUGCCUGGACCUGGAUGUCUCCUGCCUCGUUACCAUUUUAUCCUCGGAAACCAAAAGGAUGAGCUCUACCUGCAGGAGGUGCAGGAGGACGCUCAGUCCAGUGAUGAGGAUGUCUCAGAGACCAUCUCUGACAACGCCUCGGACAUCACUGAAGACUUCACAGAGCUUCAGUCUCCCGAGUCGCCGUUGUCCCUGGAGGUCAUUUCCUGCGCUGCAUGUGGAUCUUCCAGUGCUUCAAAGAUCUGCACAGUCUGUGGUCGGGGGUACCACAGAGACUGUCACGUCCCUCCAUUUGGACCGGACAUCUGGUCAGAGUUGGUCUGUUCGCUAUGUCAGGACUUGUCGGACCCUUCGGACCCCUACAGCGCUGACAGGCCAACGAGUCCACAGUGUUCUUCUCUCAGCCUGCAAGACCAGAGGAGGUGUGAGACUCUCCUGCUGCACCUGAAGGUUGAAGGCUGCGGACGCUUCUCACAGUUGGAUCUUUGGUCUGAUCUGAUGUUGAUAUCAGAGCGUCUGAGCCACCACGUCUCUCCUCCUUAUCAAACACCUGCACAGGUCGUCUCUGACCUCUGGCUUUUGUUCAGCGAAGCCUCACAGGGAAGUCCUUUAAUGGACCUGCAGCAAAGCUUCCAAAAGAAGUUGGUGGAAACUUUGGGUUCAGAACUUCAUCCUUCACUCCUGAUGGCACCAAAUGGAAGCAUGCUAUGUGAUCCUGAAGGUCCGAGCAGUUCGGCUAACAGUACUGUGUUGUGCAGUAGAGAGAUGCCAAAGCAAACAGAAGAAGACGACUUCAUGUCCGAGUUGAAGCUGAAGGCCCUGAGGAAGAGACUGAGGGACUUUCUGGAUCUGAGGGGAACCUCUGCAGCCAAGAGGCCCAAGCACAAACAUGAAGACGUUUAAGGCUUAAAACCACAGACAGACUUUUUUUACUGCAGGUAUUCUGCAAGAACCACGUGAAUUAUGUUUACUGAGCCAGUUACAGCACCGAAUGGAUCUUUCUGACAACCUGGUAUGGGUCAGGGUUCCGUAAAGAGUUCUGUCUAAGUGCCUUUACAUUUGCCCUGCUUGCAGAUAAUCAUCUUAUGUGUAAAACAUCAAAGCUUCACGCAGGAGGGAAGAAAUGAGACAUAAAACCAGACAUUCGGAAUAUAGUUGAUAGAAACCAUCUGCAGAUCCUUAAAAGAGAAAAUUAUUCUCACAACUUCCCUCACAAGUUGGAUUUUUCUGUUAUUGUUUGAACAUUAUUUCACAUUUUGUACACAUUGUUCGAAGUAAAGCACGUUUGUUGAACAGUUCAUACAAAUCUUUACUGAAUAAAGAAUCAAAGGGAGCUGAAUGUAAAAUUA